AUGACUCCGAACAUAGACAUGUUGGCAUACCAGGGCAUCAUAAUACCGCAGUACUACACCGACACACGAGGAACGCCGGCGAGGAGCGCGCUUUUCACCGGAAAAUAUCCUUUAAGAAUGGGUACUCAAGGAAUUUCGAUCGCCUCGGCUGAGGACCGCGGCCUGCCCACCACAGAGGUUCUCCUGCCGCAGUAUUUACAAGAAUUGGGCUAUGCCACACAUUUGAUAGGUAAAUGGGGCCUUGGUAAAUCCAGGGAACAUUAUCUACCCACUAAUAGAGGCUUUGAUACAUUCUACGGCUUCUCUGGCAGUAGUGUGGAUUACUACACGUAUAAUCACGUUGAGACAUGGAACGAAACAGUAUUUUAUGGACUGGACUUUUUUAAUAAUUUGGAGCCGGUUGAAGAUCAAAGGGGCCAUCUCACUGAAGUACUGACUGAUCGAGCUGUGAAACUGAUAAGGAACCACGAUACAUCAGUGCCGCUCUACCUUCACAUGUCACAUGCAGCUCCUCACGUUGGAGGGGGUUUUGUUAACCUCCAAACCCCUGAGGACCUCAUUGCAGCUAAUGAUCACAUCGCACAUUCACCAAGAAGAUUAUACGCCGGUCUCGUUACCGGCUUAGAUCGGAGCAUCGGCCACGUUAUAUCCGCACUAGCCGAGAGAGAACUCCUCAAUAACACUAUCGUGGUUUUGAUUUCGGAUAAUGGUGCAGCUUCAACGGGAUUAAAUCGAAAUUUCGGGUCAAAUUUACCUCUGCGGGGCACAAAAGGCACGCCUUGGGAAGGUGCGGUGCGCACGACGGCGGUUAUAUGGCACGCAGCAAUGCCCUCUAAAAUUUGGCCUGGAUUGUUUCACGUCACUGACUGGAUGCCGACACUAAUAGCUGCUGCGGGAGGAGAAUAUAAUAGUACAAUAGAUGGUUUCAAUCAAUGGAAUGCCCUAACUAAAGAUGAACCAUCUCCCCGACAAGACGUAUUGAUAACAACCGAUGACCUAAAAGAAUACGCAGCAUUCAGAGAAGGCAAUUACAAAAUAAUUAUAGGCAAAGUAGAACCACAACAAAGCAACUACUACGGCAUGGAGCUAAAGAAAUCUAGAAUUCCCGGAUUUUUAUAUGAAAAUGUUCUGUUGAGCUCAGACACAGCGCGAGUGUUCAGGGAAACUCUAUUUAUAAACAUAGACCUGGAAAUGGCCGCUACGAAGCGAAAUUAUUCUGAUUUAUACCGGCAUAUUAAUAAUACAGACGCCGAACGACUUUGUAUACCAACAAACGCGAAAGGUUGUCUGUUUGACUUGAGCGUGGAUCCAGCAGAAUCGAAAGAUUUGUGGGACACCCACCCACAGUUUGUCCAACAUAUGGUUCUUCGUCUGCGGGCAUACUGGGCCGCUAUAAAUCCGCGGCAAGAACCAACGCUAGAUCCAAGAGCAAAUCCAGCACUGCACGACUUUAUUUGGCUCCCGUGGCUUGACAACCUCGAAAAAGUAUCAAAGCCUUUACUAGCAAUCCCGAAUUUUCCUUUGCAAGUUUCUGUCGGUGAACUACAAUAUCUAGUAGACUUCAAUUUGAAUGCUUUCAAAGAAAGUUUGACAAGUUAUGUGAAGAGCUCUGCGGAUUCGUUCAUACAGAAUAUAGCUAAAUUGUUUUCGUUUUAAGUCUUGUUGACUGAUGAAUAAAAUUUUAAUUUUUUAUUAUCAUUUUUUUUAAACUAACUUUCUAAUUAUUGUAAGUGUUGUGUAUUUUGUUAAUGGAAGGGUUACGAAAACAUGCUUGUUGACUUGGAU